AUGGAGGGAAAAGCAUCACCAAGUACCACGUCUGACGAGAGUUCAGCUCAGAUGGAGCUAAAUGAAGAGGUCCCGGCUCAAAUAGAUCCAAAAGUGGAGGCCCCGUCUCAAGCAAAGCACCAGGGGAAGACUCCGCUUCACUUUGACGACGAGGCUGGUCUUUUCAAGACCGUAUGUCGUACGCUCAUGCGUAAGAAGAAGUGCACGCGUGUGGGCUGUACCUAUGUCCAUGACAAAAUGCUGUGUCAGUUCUUCUGGAAAAGGGGCGAGUGCAAGUUCGGGAGUAAGUGCCGCAAAAACUACUGUGUGACACAGUUCGACCCAAGUGCUGGAGGGAAGGGAGAAAGCGCUGGGUCAAUCGCCUCGAGUGGAGCAGAACAAGGCAAGAAGAAUCUGAAGAAGAAGAAGAAGAAUCGUAACGACAAGCAGUCCAAGGGCGAUCAGGUAAACGAUCACGAGUCGACCAUCAGCACGCCGAAAGAAGAGGAUGCUAGCAAUUCUGACAAGCAGGACAAGGAAAACGACACGAAGUCCAAGAAAAAGAAGAAACGCGACAAGCGUCAGCCUAGCAAGAAAAACACCGAGAGCUUUGAACCGAUGACCAAGCCUGUCGAUCUCCGCAUUACCUUUGAUCUUGGUUCAAAGGAUACUCAGUUCUCCACGCCUCUGACGUCGCGUGACGUCGUGCUCGUGCCCAACCUCUUCAGCGACUACAGAAAAGGUGAGCUGUACACCAAGCUCCUGCACGAGUUGGACCAUUGUGGCAUUCCGCGAGAGCAGCUGCUAAAGAUGUGGCAUGGCAACGACAAGAUUGACGGCACGCACCUCAUUGUAGACGACCGGUCGAGCUGGAAAGCCAAGUGUCCGACGUUCGACCUCGUCACGGAUAGACUGAAAAAGUUCUUCAAUCUCGACAUCAAAGCCACUCGCUUCAACUGGUACAAGGAUACUUCGCAGUGGAAGCCAUUCCACUUUGAUGCUGCGGCUGUGAAGCCCCACCUCGCCGGCGUUCAAAACUUUACAGUUGGCAUCUCAUUUGGAGCGACCCGUGACGCUGCUUUCGAGCAUGCGAAGACUAAGACUGUCGUGAGUGUCCCGCAGCCGGAUGGAUGCGUCUACGCCUUUUCGAAAGACACAAACGUAAUUUGGCGCCAUGGCAUUCUCCAAGAUGUGCCGGUACGAGAGGAAGGUCGUAUCUCGGUCAUUGCGUGGGAUGGGUGA